AUGGACUCUGAUUUAGACUCUAUUGGGGCCGUUACCUUCCAGCAGAUCUGUAAGGAUGUGCAUCUGGUGAAGCAUCAGGGGCAGCAGCUUUUUAUUGAGUCCCGGGCCCGGCCUCCACCCCAACCCCGCCUGCCUGCUACAGGCACAUUCAAGACCAAGACCCUUCCUUACCAGUCCCCAGAUCCAGAGCUGGAGGCCACCCCUGCUCCAGUCCAGGCCCCACCAGCCUUGGUCCCUGGGGAGGCUGAGAGGAAAGAAGCCUCCAGUUGUUCCUACCAGCAGAUCAACUGCCUGGACAGCAUCCUCCGGUACCUGGAGAGCUGCAACAUUCCCAGCACAACCAAGCGUAAAUGUGCCUCCUCCUCCUCUUGCACUGCCUCUUCAGCCUCCGAUGAUGACAAACAGAGGACAAGCACAGUCUCUGUGGGGGCCAAGAAAGAUCCAUCGUCAGUGCUGUCUGGGGAGGGGGCCACCCCGCGGAAGGAGCCCGUGGUGGGAGGCACCCUGAGCCCGCUCGCCCUGGCCAAUAAGGCGGAGAGCGUGGUGUCCAUCACCAGUCAGUGUAGCUUCAGCUCCACCAUCGUCCACGUGGGAGACAAGAAGCCCCCAGAGUCGGACAUCGUCAUGAUGGAAGACCUGCCUGGCCUGGUUCCCGGCCCCGCCCCCAGCCCCGCACCCAGCCCCACUGUAGCCCCUGACCCAGUCCCAGAUGCCUACCGCCCAGUGGGCCUAACCAAGGCUGUGCUAUCCCUGCACACACAGAAGGAGGAGCAGGCCUUCCUCAGCCGCUUCCGUGACCUUGGCAGGCUGCGUGGACUUGAUGGCUCCUCCACGGCCCUCUUGGCCCCUGGCGAGCGAGGCUGUCACCAUGGCCCCGUACCUGUUGGCCGCCGACACCACUGCCGAUCCAAAGCCAAGCGCUCACGCCACCAGCCAACUCCCCGGGCUGAAGCUCCCUGCUAUGUCUCCCACCCCUCACCUGUGCUGCCCUCUGCCCCUUGGCCCCCACCACCAGCCACUACUCCCUUCCCAGCUGUGGUCCAGCCCUACUCACUCCCAGUGUUCUCCCCCCAAGGAGACCCCCAGCCUCUUCCCUCCGCCCCCACAUCUAUGCCCCCUGAAGCUUUCCCUGCUCCUUUGGUGACCCCAAUGGUAGCCUUGGUGCUUCCUAAUUAUUUGUUCCCUACCCCAUCCACCUAUCCCUAUGGGAUACCCCAGACCCCUGCUGAGGGGCCUUCUACCCCUGUCUCCCACUCCCCUUCCCCGUCCCUGCCGCCACUGCCUCCCAGCCCUCCCCACCGCCCAGACUCUCCACUAUUCAACUCGAGAUGCAGCUCCCCGCUCCAGCUAAAUCUGCUGCAGCUUGAGGAGUCCCUCCGUGCUGAGGGGGGUACUGUUGCAGGGGGCCCUGGGAGCAGUGCUGGGCCCCCACUUCCCAGUGAGGAGGUUGCUGAGCCAGAGGUCAGACUGGUGGAGGUAACUGAGUCCUCCAAUCAGGAUGUGCUUUCGGGCUCCAGCGACCUGCUGGAGUUGCUGCUGCAAGAGGACUCUCGCUCUGGCACAGGCUCUGCUGCCUCGGGCUCCUCGGGCUCUGGCUUGGGCUCUGGGUCUGGAUCAGGCUCCCAUGAGGGGGGCAGCACCUCAGCCAGCAUCACGCGCAGCAGUCAGAGCAGCCACACGAGCAAGUACUUCGGCAGCAUCGACUCUUCCGAGGCUGAAGCUGGGGUUGCCCAGGCCAGGGCUGAGCCUGGGGACCAGGUCAUUAAAUAUGUGCUCCAGGAUCCCAUCUGGCUGCUCAUGGCCAAUGCUGACCAGCGUGUCAUGAUGACCUACCAGGUGCCCUCUAGGGAUAUGGCCUCUGUGCUCAAGCAGGACCGGGAGCGGCUCCGGGCCAUGCAGAAGCAGCAGCCUCGGUUCUCAGAAGACCAGCGGAGGGAACUGGGUGCUGUGCAUUCCUGGGUCCGGAAGGGCCAGCUGCCUCGGGCCCUUGAUGUGAUGGCCUGUGUGGACUGCGGUAGUAGCACUCAAGACCCUGGCCACUCUGAUGACCCGCUCUUCUCUGAACUGGACGGACUGGGGCUAGAGCCCAUGGAGGAGGGUGGUGGUGAGGGUGAGGGUGAAGAUGAGGCCCAGGCCCAAGCUGGGGCCAGGGUCUCAAGCUCUCAGGACCUGGCCAUGGAGGAGGAGGAACAAGGUGGGAGCAUGUCCAGUCCAGACUUUCCUGCCACAGAAAAUGGCACCAGCUAGACUACAUUUUGGGGCCAUCUCCAGGAGUGCAUGAGAAGCAUCUUUCUCCCAUGUCUGAACACUCAGAACUCAGAUGUGGGUGGACCAACCAGUAGGAAACUGCCCCAGCUUCUCCCGCUGUAGGGGGCAGGACCCCCACCACCAGCCCAGGAUCCAGGGGCUGCCUCUGGCCUUUUAGGGUACAGAGGGUGGAACUCUUUAGCGCAGCCCACAGAAGCCUCACCUCCAGUGCUUGGUGAGAAGCUCUUCCUUCCCCUGGGCAAGGUUACUGACAAGCUGCUGAAGUGAUCUCUCCAAGUUCCACCUGAGCCAGAGUCCUGGUCCCUAGGGUCGGGGCUGCACUUAUUUAUUGGGGGAGAUAGCCCUCUCUCCCACCUCCUCCCCAGAUGGGAGGAGGAGGGCCUGAGGCCCAAGCAGGACCCAGUGGUCCAAACCCCUAGCUGCUCCAGGGUGGGGGAGGUUGGUGGACCAUGGAGUCCCUGGUGCUGCCCCUCAGGUGGGACCCAGGUGUUCUCAGCUGUACCCUCUACCAAUGGCAUUUGUGUUUUUGAUAUUGUGUCUGUUAUUUUUUCUAA